CGCGGUCAACAGCUUCACGCCAUCUAGAUCUCGAGUUACGUUCUCAGUGUUUGCGAUACCCCGGGUCUUUCCCCCUUCAUACCUCACAGAACGCUUAAUUGCCAAUUCCUCCGAGGCCCAUCCGGGUCAAUUCCGCCAGAUCGCAGCUUAGAAUGUCUCUCGUCAAUCUAGCCCACGUCUGCUCGCACCUGAACAAUGCAACCAAGGCUCGGCUUGGCUUUACUUCGAUCCCGAACUCCAACCUCCACCUGAAGCUUUGCCUCGCCCUCCAGAAUGACGGUUUCCUUUCGUCUGUCGUGCGCGGAGGCCCCGAACCGCCGGCUAUGCAUAACCUGCUUGGAAUUCCGAUCGCACACGGUGAAACACAGCCAUUGGAGCCUUUAACACAGAGCAACAUUGCCUCAAGGCGGCUGUGGUUGGGUCUGAAGUACUGGCAAAGUCAACCGGUUCUUUCCAAAAUAUCCUUGGUCAGCAAACCCACCCGACGGAUCACCAUUGACGUUGCCGGCCUGCGCGAAGUCGUUCGAGGGGAAAGAAGCGAUUAUGUCGAAGGACUGCGGUCGCCCGGCGAGAGUCUCUACCUUUCGACGGACCAGGGCGUCAAGGAAGCACGAGAGUGUGUCGAGAAGAAGAUUGGAGGGCUUGUCCUUUGUCGCGUUCUAUAAUAACUUAGUGGAGGGGAUAGACCGUCGCUGAGAUAUCUAUUCGAGGGGUGUUGUACGAUGGGCUUGCAUUAUAUCCGGAGUUUGGUCAGUCGCAGCAUCUCAUUUACUUCCUGUUUGCGACUGUUGGGAUAAACAACUACUGUACAUUAACCGAAGUAACUUCAAUUACCAUUUCUUUAUUGUCCCUAGCCAUUUUCUGCGGAUAUAUCAAGGGAACCGUAAUUAAAG